UAUAUACACAAAGGAAUUUAUUGUAAAUUAAACAAAAAUUUUUUGUUAACUAAAGCUAUUCGCGAUGAAUAAUCAAAGAUUUCAUAUUAAGAUCCAAUUGAAAUUACAAGCCGUUACGUGUCCUGGAGUGUGGUUAUGCAGCCAUGGUUAUUUGGAAGUAACCAUAAAAGCUUUGGGCUACUUCUUUCGGACGGGGGCCAUGGAACCAUAUUUUCCUUUGUUGUGUCAUGACACCUAUAAAAUGGAGGGUUAUUUUAAAAACACUCCCUCCAUUGCUUCAUUGAUUAGUCAAAUGCAAACUGAGCCCCUGGAGAUUACACUGUGGCAAAGUGGGCGAAGAUUGGCAUAUUAUAGAGGGAGUCUCAUGGAUCUAUUACAAAUAUCGGAACCGAAAUUACAUUGUCCCCAUAAUAAUACCAAACAAUUACUGAUGAAGACAACAACAGCGUUCCCGGGUAUAAUUGCACCAAAAGUUGAAUUAACGGCCGACUUUUUCGUGAAGGAUAAGGUGUUCAAUGUUGGAAAUCUUAAUGAGGAAUUGAAAUCAUUUACAUGUCAUCCUCGCAAACCACUGACCAUACCACCCAAAUCGACGAAACAUAAUUGCAAUAUUAAAUCUCAUUGUUAUCAAAGGCCUUGUAUAAUAAAUGCUGAACCCUAUGACGAAUUAGAUCGCUAUGGACCACGUAAACAGAAACCUGUUUGUCAUGCAAGAGAUUUUUCCGGCAAGAGUACAAAACCCUUCGAACCUCUUUUCAAUACAAAUUCAAGGAGAGUAUCAAUUGUUUCUACGUAAGUAUAAAUGGUGUGGAUGUGUGGACCUUCAAAAAAUAAGUCCUAUUCAUUUCAGUUGCUCUUCAAAUAAUACCCAAACUUCGGCGGGAAU